AGGAAAAAAAAAAAAAAAAAAAAAAAAAGAAGAAAACAAAGCAUUCCCCACUUCCUCUGCAACUUCAAAUCCCACAUCUUGUUGGGCUCUUCCUCCUUCCAUUAGCACGCCAGCCAAGAACCCAAAAAACCCAUCUCUCUGCGACAGCGAUGGCGGGUUACAGAGCAGAAGACGAGUAUGAUUACCUGUUCAAGCUGGUGCUGAUCGGGGACUCCGGGGUCGGGAAAUCGAACCUGCUGUCGAGGUUCACUAAGAACGAGUUCAACCUCGAGUCCAAGUCCACCAUCGGCGUCGAGUUCGCCACGAAAAGCCUCAGUAUUGACGGCCGAGUCAUCAAGGCUCAGAUUUGGGACACCGCCGGCCAAGAAAGGUACCGUGCCAUCACGAGCGCGUACUACCGGGGAGCAGUGGGAGCUCUCCUAGUGUACGAUGUGACGAGGAGAGCAACCUUCGAGAACGCUGCGAGGUGGCUUAAGGAGUUGAGAGAUCAUACCGACCCGAACAUCGUUGUCAUGCUCAUAGGCAAUAAGUCGGACCUUCGCCAUCUUGUUGCAGUCCCUACCGAGGACGGGAAAUCGUUUGCUGAGAACGAGUCCCUCUAUUUCAUGGAGACUUCUGCGCUGGAAGCAACCAACGUGGAGGAAGCCUUUGCAGAGAUCCUCACUCAGAUAUAUCAGGUUGUCAGCAGGAGGGCAGUGGAGGCAGGCGAGGAUGGUGCUAGUGCCUCUUCUGUGCUGACAAAGGGGCAGACGAUCAAUGUCAAGGAGGACGGAUCGGUUCUCAAGAGGAUGGGCUGCUGCUCGAGUUAAGAGUCGAAUAUGCAGGCAAUAAGCAGAGGAUCCUGUGUUUCUCAAGCCCUUCAUCAGUGUAGCAUAGCAAUAUAUCAACUUGUACAUGUCUUACGGAAAAUCCCAUCUUCUAUGUAGACUUCAGAAAUCCCGAACUUGAGAACGUCGAUUUUUCGACAUUUGAUACAGAAGCUAUAAAGAAAAUCGGAAUGAGUAGGAAGAA